UUUGCAUAUAUUUAAUACUUAUUUUACGUAUAAAAAUGGCUCCCUCAAUCAUUAGAUGUGCAUGUGUAUGCUUUGUGCUUGUUAAAUGACGUUUUAUAUUUCGAAAUCACCACCUUAUGAUGUAUUUCUUAAAAAUAUCAGGUUAUCAAACUUCUAAAUUGAGAUUCCUGGAAACAAAUUAACUUCACACAAAUGUACUAACUUACUGCAAUUUAUUUGGCUACUUUCUGCCGCGAUAAUUCUGUAGAAGGUAAAUUUGACUUUGAUUACCCUGUUGGAGUUUGAUUAACAAAAAUAUGGUUGACUUGCCCCUGAAAUGAUGUUAUUAAGACUUCAAAAUUAACUUGAUACAACUCAUUUUCAAAGUAAUUUCCCAGAAUAUUUUCUUUGAUAUCCAUAUUAUUUUCUUUAAGCUUUUCUAUUCUAAGGUUUUGCUUUUUCCAAUGCUAAUAAACUUUGGCAACUUAUCUCUUAGUUAAUAUAUAUUAUUUUAAAUUAUUUUCAAUGUUUGCAUUUCUGAUAGGGAAGUUGUGGCAAAUAUAGUCAAUGUUUUAUUCCCUUUGGUUGUCAUGGUGUCUCUAUAGUAAUUACUUUCACUCUCAAAGAAAUCUGAAUGAAUUUUGAUGUUGAAAGGGCUCGAGGAGUGUUUAAAAAUGAACCAUUUUAAUUUCAUUCAUUAACAUAUUCAAUCAAUUGUGUUACAAAGUAAUUCUAGGAUAGUAAAUUUUAUAUGGUAUCAUUCACUACCAGCACACUACCCUACCUAAUUUAGUUUCCCUUAUUUUGACCCUUCGUUAUUAUUUUCUCCAUCCAACUAAAGCAUGACUCAUUGGCAUGAAGGUACACAAUUACUACUACAGGUGCAAGUGAUAAGCUAAUGUAAUCCCUAAAGAACCAUACAAAGGAAACAGUUCACAUGUAUAUAACCAGGUGCAUAUGUAUAGAUAGCACUAUAUAAUAUUAUAGUUUGUUGGCACAUGCUGGUUGUAUUUGCACUUGAUAUGGAUAGGGGUGUUCACAUAUCUCUUUUUUUAUAAAAGGAUAGGAAGUGUAAAAUCAAUGUUAUUAUCCUUUUGAACUUAUUCAGGGAGGGUUUUAUUGUGCGUGCCUGAAUGGGAGCAGAUUAUUGAUAUGUGAUGUUCGUAAAGUCAUAGUGCUUUUUCACCUUAGCAGGACAAUGAUGUCUCUAAAGUGAAGUAAUAUUUUACAUGAUUUAUCUGGAUUGGAUGUUUCAGUGGGCAGGUGUAGUCAAGGAAACACAGCCAUGGCAACUACAGCUCGGUUCGCAGCAACUGGAGGCAACAGCAGCUCCCCUACCCCUGCACCAGCAACGACACCUCCAAAUCAGCCACAACCUACCCAGCUUAUUGUGCUCCCUGCUAGUAUACACCAGGCAACAACAAACACUUUACCGAAUGGAGUUCCUAUUAUAGACGUGUCUGCCUUGGAACAAGCUGCUGAUUCAAGCAAUGAGAGCUCUGUGACUGCUGAGACAUCAGGGGAAACUCACGAAACGGAUCCUAUAGGCCCACAUUCACCUCAAUUUAUAACAGUGACGGAAGCUGCUGCUAGAUCAUAUGCUUCUUUAACACCAGUGCAACCUGCUGUAGUUGCAUCAGAAGGAGAAACUGUGGCUUCUCAUCAAGGAUACCAUGUUCAGUAUGUUGAACCCGAAAUAUAUGCUUCACAAACAAACGGCGGUCAAACACAAAUGGCGUAUCCGGUCUACACCGUAGGAGAAUCCGGCACUUUAUAUGCUAGUCAGGGGCAGUAUUAUGCUGCAAAUACAGGGGCGACUGGUGCUACGAAUGCUGUUAGUUACAAUACAGGUGGCGGUCAUUAUCUUGUGCAACAAACCGUGGACGCGGAAGCCCUCAUAGCUUCCAGUAGAAAUUCACCCCAAACUACAAGCGCGGAUGCGAAUUAUGUGGCAACAGCUACUGUGCAUGCUACCUCGACUGCUCCUGGUCAAGUCUCAGAAGAUGUAGGAUCUGCUUUGGGGCACGCCACUCGCGUAUCCCCGGCAACUGUGCAAUGGUUACUAGAAAACUAUGAGACGGCCGAAGGAGUUUCCUUGCCUCGUUCAACUUUAUAUGCUCAUUAUUUGAGACACUGUGCCGACAAUAAGCUGGAACCUGUUAACGCAGCUUCAUUUGGUAAACUAAUUCGUUCCGUUUUUCUUGGACUACGUACUAGAAGAUUAGGAACUCGGGGUAAUUCAAAAUAUCAUUAUUAUGGAAUUCGUGUAAAACCUGGUUCAUCAUUAACAACUGUGGAGGAUAGUUCAACAAGAAAUUUAUCUGGUGCAACCACAGUGAGUGGUAAAGUGUCAAAUAAUAUGAAUCGCAACUUUAAACGCAAUUCGGAUGCUGACCCAUCGGUUCCCAUUAGUCCCAUAACACAACAUUUAUCUUAUUUGGGGGAUGGAAGUAACGCAAUUCCGAAUUUUCCUGAUAUGCACUUUAUGGCGGGUUUGCCCGAAGAUUGUAGUGUUGAAGACGUCGAUACAUUUAAGUCGAUUUAUAGAGAACAUCUGGAGGCAUUUUUGGAUGCAAUCAUGAGUUUAGAAUUCGGUACGAUAGAGUCGCUUUGGAGAGAGUUUUGGAGAUCUCAAGACAACAAUAAUGGAGACGAAUGUGAAGAAGAAAAAUACCUUUCCAAGUCAAAAUUGUUUUCCUUGUGCAAUUUGGAACCUAUUCAACUUUUUGUUCGUCAGGUAGAUCUGAUGUUUUACCAAAAUUUGAUACAAGUUCUUGUUCCUGAUGUUCUUAAGCCUAUACCUGCAACAUUAACGCAAUGUAUAAGGAAUUUCGCAAAAAGUUUGGAAAGCUGGCUUACAACGGCAAUGACGGGAGCUCCUCCGGCUAUUUUACAAGCCAAACUAUCUGCAGUAUCAGCAUUUGGUUCAAGUUUACGUCGUUACACUUCUCUUAAUCACCUGGCCCAGGCAGCGCGUGCCGUCCUUCAUAAUGGCACACAAAUUGCGCAAAUGUUGGCUGAUUUGAAUCGUGUCGAUUUCCAUAGCGUUCGAGAACAAGCGUCGUGGGUAUGUCAAUGCGAUCAUGACGUGGUAGCCCGUUUCGAGGCAGAUUUCAAAUUGACAUUGCAACAGCAAAACUCAUUGGAACAGUGGGCUUCAUGGCUGAAGAAUGUUGUCACAUCAGUAUUAAAGCCAUACGAGGGCAAGCCAAGCUUUUCGAAGGCGGCGCGCCAAUUUCUGUUAAAGUGGAGCUUUUAUAGUUCCAUGGUGAUUCGCGAUUUAACCUUAAGGUCAGCUGCAAGUUUCGGGUCAUUUCAUCUAAUUCGAUUACUCUAUGAUGAGUACAUGUUUUACCUAAUUGAACAUCAAGUUGCUGAAGCAACAGGUGUUGUUCCUAUUGCUGUAAUGGUAGAGGGAAUUAAAGAAGAAAUGCUGCACGUCGGUAUUUGCUCUAAUGACACGAGUCUGUGUAAUGGAAAUGCGAACAACUCUAAACUUGGAUGCACCAGUCCUUCAGAACGCAUGACGAGCAAACGUAUGAAAAUCAGCUAGCUUGCACCCGGUCGCAAGUAUAUAAUAAUUUCGUAGUAACUUUUACGUACUUGGUAAUUAUAUACGUGAUAUGUGUGUUUUAUCCUAUUAUUCUGAAUGUUUCGGACUUCUAUGUUUGGAUAUGUUGUUAGUACUACUGAAAUGUGUGAACACGAGGUAGAAGCAAGUUUCCCCUCUGAAACAGCAGGUAUGUGAUUUUUGCUUUUUGAAACUAACAGCUACAUAGCUUUACACUGUAGGCAAUUUAGGAGUGAGAUGGUUAAUGUUUUUUGUUUGAGGGUUACAUUUCUUGAUAAGAGAUCCAAAGAAUAAUUUACUCUUACAUACAGGUAAAACUGUAAUAAGUUUUAUUCAGUACUAUUUAAAAAAAACUAUUUGUUUUUGUUUACUAUUUACUGCAAACAAAGUAGGGAUAAAUUCAUUCUAAUAAUAGGCAAUUUUUCUGUAAAAAUAUUUACCAAUGAUUUCAAGUGUAAUUCACCUGCUUAUCUGGUUACAGUUUUUGGCAAGCACUGUAAAAAAUUAAUAUAAAAAGAUCUCAUUCUGAAAGAAGCGAACAGUAAUUAAUACUCCUCGCUUUUUUUGAGUAAAAGUGAAGUAAAAAUUGCUAUUAAAGUAUGUCCCUAUUUGAAAUUGUUGAAACUUUUAGCAAGUUGCAAAGUGGACGUAUUAAAAGAGUGGGUGGGCAUGUAGUGUUUUAAUAUUCAUUAAUGGAAUGUUUUUUUUUUUGAAAAUUAAUUUUUACGUACUACUACCGUUCUUGUGCGAUGCAAAUGGAUUUCUGAUACAAAACGUUGCGCUUGAUCUAUUCAUUUUAAAAUAUAAAAAUUACUAUUAAAAAAGAUGCAGUGUCUUACCUAUUUUUUAUUACUGUUCUUUUCAAAUGAUCAAUAACAAACAGUAAAAAUGUACAAUAGUGUAUUGUCUAAUGUUAUUGAGGAUCUGUGAAUUUCUUUGAGUUAAUUUAAAUAAAACUUAAUGUACUAUGGCUUCAAAAAAUUAAACUAAGGUGGUAAUCUUUUUAUUUGAAAAUAAAAAUAAUUCUUUAUAAAAGAUGUCUUAAACGCUUAACUCAUUGUCAAUUCCGUUAAAAUAAGCCUUUCAAUCUGCUUAAAAAAUAGUAAGAAUUAUUAUAAAUCACUUUAUUAUUUUAAAUGAGCUUUAUUUAUUGCUAGUUAUAAGGUAUGUGAACUGUGUAACUUGGUGUUUGACUGUGCAAUUUAUAACUUAUUGAAUAUUAUUACUAGUACUAUAACUCGUAAGUGCCGUCGUCAUUAUGUCUUAACUGAAUCACAUUUGUAAAUACUAGAAUGUAACGCAUUUUUAUAAAAAACUGUACAUGAAAGUAAUUGUAAACUGUAGUCUAAUUUAUUUAUUAACUAAUUUAUUUCUUGUUUUGUUAUUAUUGCAAUAGAAAUUGAUGUGAUACAAGAAUAGUUUUUAUUAAUUAAUUUUUUUGUUUAUAAUUUGUAUUGGUGGCAUUUCUUUAUUGUGAUUGCGCUGAUUCAAUUUGAUGAAAUAAUAUUAAAACUGGAGUAAUCAAGUUUAAAACAAAGAUGUAAAGAAAAUAUUAAUCGGCAUGUCUCUUGCGUACUCGAAAUCAUUAACAGUAAAUAUUGCCUUAAAUAGGGAGUUAUUAUUUAGUUAUUGAUUAUUAUAAGGUAAGAAAAAAGCUACAUUUGAGAUAUUUUCUCAUUUUAUUGCGAACAAACAACGACUGAUGUCUAUAAAGAUGUGAAAAUGGCUCCUAAAUACUUGAGUUUAUCAGGUUUACUAAAAGCGUUUUUAUUUUUUGUAUUCCUUUUGCUAUUGAUAAUAUAAUUUAUAAAGUGUAGGAUCACUUCAAUAGUUAAAUGCAAUUGUUCUAGUGAUCAAACUCAGCCCUUUUGGCACUUGCCUUUUUUCUUUUAAUUGCGUUAUCGAUAUACAAAUUUCAUAUUGAACGAGCCAGAUUAUAAUUUUUUAUACAUCGAUGAAAAAUUGUGGGUGAUAUCUUCAUUCAGUCAGUAUGAAAUAUAUUAAUAAUAAUGGGCAAAUACCAAAAAAGCUAAAAACAAAAAGAAAAUGAUCAAGUUUGGCCACCAAAAGAAUUUUUUUUAUACUUAUUAAACUAUCGCAUGGAUCGUUUUCAUACUCUUAUCGACACUAGUCAUUUCCCAAUCAUGAUAAACAUGUUGCUUUUAUAAAUUACGAACUGCUUAUUUUAAUGCAGCCUUUACGUAUAUUUAGUUAAAAAAAAUGAUAUUUUUGUAUUAUUCCUGUUUUAAUGAAGAUUUGCCAGGUUUUUUAUAUAUUGAAUUAAAAAAAUAAGCUAAUGUACUAUUAUAUGUAUAGAAACGGUAGAAAGCUACUGUAAUUGUAUUUUACAUAGUGUAAUUGCUUUUGAGGAAUUGAGAAAAUUUGCAAUUUGUCACAAAGAAGCCGAGAACAUUUACUUACAUACAUGCAUGUAUCAAUUGAUUUUUUAAAUUAACACUAAUCAAGAGACCUGUUGAAUUAUAAAGGAACUUAUUAUUUCAGAAAUUGAAAGCAACAAAUUUCUUGUUAUACAAAAAUGAAUCUCUCUUGUUAUGUACAUUUUCAGUUACUUUGGAUUUUUAUUAAAAAAAUAUAGUGAAAAUUGUAUUAAAAAAUCCGGGACAAGUAGACAAUAAGUCAUUUGAAAUGUGAAACCAUUUUAAAAUACUUCGAUGUAUUAUUUUAAGUCGGAUCUAAAUGUUUUUUAUUAUAACCGUUUUUGCUCAAAAAGUAAAAUCCAUCCAACAAUAUAGAAUUUUGCAAAUGCGGCAUUUAAUUUUUGGGUCUCCAAUUUCGAAAUUUCUCAAUUAAGUAAAAACAUAUAAUAAAUAAUAUAAUUUUAUGUUAUUUUGACCCAUUGGUUUUGUUACUUUUAUUUUUUAUAAUUUUUAAAUACUUUUUGUAGAUAUUUCUACAUAUAUAGAUUAAUUUCUCAGAAAUACGAGACUCAAAUAGCAACUUAAAAAUGCUAGCAGCAAUGCUAUAAAUCGUAAAUAUGCAGGGUAAAUGUUAUUCCUCUUUGUAGUACAAUAUGCAUGUUGAAAA